AUGAGGAACGCCAAAGACGCUUCAAUUCAGCCGAUCACCAAGUUCUUCACAACAUCUCUCCCUCAUCAAAACCUCAUCCAAUUCGAUCUUGAAACUCAGAGGUCACAUCUCACCCGCAAAUGCUCGGAAACAGGAGAAAUAAAAGUAGAUCCUACCACCAUCAUCAUACACCUGGCCAACAGGGACAAAUUUUGGCCAAUGGCCAUAAGUUCAUGGGCCUUGUACCUCGGCCCUGAUUCUAGCUAUAACAAAUCUAGUGUUAUGGUGUGGCCUGAUCUCGUUAGCGAAGGAGAGACAGAGUAUACAGAUUUUGAGCGGGCACUCGACGAAUUGUAUGAUUGUCUGGAUCCUGCCAUAAGACAGGUGAUCAUCGCCACAGACUCCUCAUCACUGGUUCAGCUCUGUACAAAAGACAUUCCUGAGUUGGCGAGGGACAAAGAUUUCCGGAGAAAUAAUCCGAUGGAAUUCCCUAUCAUCUGGGAAGGGCUCAACCCCAAUCAACUCGGCUAUCCUAGUGUCGGGCCGCUGGCCUUUCGCUUCUGGCUUGUGCCCAAAGAGUUGAAUCAGGAGGCACAGAAAAUGGCAGAAUACCUGAUUGAUCGCGAAGUGCAAAUGUUGGAGGCUGAGUCAAAAGCUGAAUUUGCUGAUAACAUGCGACGGAAACGGAGAGGGACGUUCGGAAGCGGGUUCAAUUACUAG